GAAGUUUGAAGCAUCGUGCACGCGCACAGAACAGCACGCGCUUAAGUGUGAAAUCAUCAUGUAAACGUGCGAAUUGUCGCAUUGAUUCAUCAGUAGAGAUCAGAGAAUGCCGAUGUGCACAUGCUCUGAACUGAAAGUUCAGUCUGUGCAGUGCAGCUGCUUUAGUGCUGUCUGUGCUGUGAGGGAAUGAGAGAGCAGCACCUGCACAUCUCGCUUCUGCUGUCUGUGUUCAGUAUUCUCCCGGACUGAGAGCGCUCGUGAUGGAGUUUCUGGACCGGGCAGGACUUGUGCUCGCGCUCAUCGGUGUUCUUCUUUUAAAGAUGUUUGUGUUGGCUGAACAAGAGGUGGAGAAUCUGUCCGGACUGUCGCUGAAUCCGGAUCGAGAUAUUUUUGUAGUGCGUGAAAACGGAACGACGUGUCUGAUGGCGGAGCUCGCGGUGAAAUUCCUCAUUCCGUACGAUGUUCUCGCGCUCAACGGGAUCGAUUUGAUCACGGAGCAGGUGUCUCUGUCGAUCCCGCGCGGCGCUCAGAUUGCCGGUAAAUGCGGGACGAGUGAAUCAGAGCUGCACAUCUCGUGGAUUAAUGACGCAUUCACAUUCCGCAUCUUCUUCUCAAAGGAGAUGAGCACUAUGGGCAGUGAUGGUAAAGCCAAAGAAACUGAAGUGUGGAAAAUAAACAAGGUUCAGCUGGUUUAUGACACAUCAGAGAAGACACACUUUAUAAACGCUUAUAACCCGGGGAAACACACAGCGAGCACACACCAUCUGUCAGCGCUGGUCACUCCGGCCGGUCGCUCAUAUGUGUGUGCGGCUCAACAGACGCUCACUCUGAUCUCCAGCGAUCAUCAGAAGGGAAUCACCGUCUCCAUGUACGACAUCCAGAUCCAACCCUUCGACAUCAACAGCGACUUCAUCUUCAGUGAACCGUAUAAAUGCAUCACAGACCAGCGUGAGCAGUUAGAACAGACACUGCCGCUGAUUCUGGGUCUGAUUCUGGGUCUGAUCAUCGUCAUCACCAUCUCUGUGUAUCACUUCCACCUCAAACUGACGGCACAACAGCAAGUGCAGCUGCCACGAGACCGCUCGCUCUACAAGAACAUGUGACCAAACACGCGUGGAAUUACUGUCAUGACAUCAUACUGUCUAAUGCAAACAUCCGAAAAAUGCACAGAAUUAUUCAAGCUUUCGUCUUUUGGGUUUACGUUUGUCAAAUGUCUUGUAUUUCCAUUUCAUGCCAUGUAAUUGUUGCACUGAUCGCGUGUUAUUUCCCACAGAAAUGUCUGACAUUGUAUAAAAAUAGAAAUAUUUAAAUUGCUCGAAACAAAUAAAGUACAAAAGACAUUUUAAGAUUUACAAUAAUGCAAAAUAUUCCUGAACAUUUGAUUGAAAAUAAAUGAUUUUGUGUCCGAGUGAAACUACAUG